AUGAAUUAUUACAGUAUAGCAAUUUGCAAUGUAUUUUAUUUACUCAUAAAUUUUAUACUUGAUGUCCGAAGCGGUGACGUGUAUAGCGUCGGCUUCGGGAUCGGGGAUGUGACGGGACCGGCAGCUGAGAUUAAUAUGAUGGGUUACGCACAGGUCGGUCAGGAUACGGCUGGAAUCCAUUUCCGAUUAUAUAGUAGGGCUGUUGUUAUCGAUGAUGGAAAGGGAGGUAGAGUUUGUUUCGCAUCCGUCGAUGUGGCUAUGGUUUCACAACUCGUCAAAUUAGAGGUCAUAAAACAGCUACUGGCUAAAUAUAACGGCACUUAUACCAUAAAUAAUGUGAUGUUGGGCUCGACGCACACCCACUCAGGACCGGGAGGUUUCAUGAACUAUCUCAUGUAUAAUAUGCCGUCCCUCGGGUUUGUACAGCAGAACUUUGACGCAAUCGUCGCGGGAAUCGUACGGAGCAUAGACAGCGCCCAUACGAGCCUCACGUCCGCCAAAAUACUCAUAAACAGCGGACAACUGAUGGACACUAAUAUCAACAGAAGUCCCAUCGCUUAUCAAAACAAUCCGCAGUCAGAAAGAGAUGAAUACGAGACAAACACGGAUACAACGAUGACUUUGCUUAAGUUCGUGUCCACCAGUGGUCAGAUUCUGGGUGUAAUAGCCUGGUUCCCUGUCCACUGCACCAGUAUGAACAACACCAACCAUCUGAUCAGCGGUGAUAAUAAGGGCUAUGCGUCCAUGCGAUUUGAGCAGGACAUCAAUGGCGGGUCACUUGUCGGCAAAGGUCCAUUUGUAGCCCUGUUUCCCAACUCUAAUGAGGGCGACGUCUCGCCCAACACAAGGGGUCCUAAAUGUAUAGAUACGGGACUUGCGUGUGAUGUUCUCACCAGCACUUGCAAUGGAAACGUUGGGAAAUGCAUAGCCUCUGGUCCGGGAAGGGAUAUGUUUGAGAGCACUAAGAUUAUAGGCGCCCGACAGUACGUGUUCGCUAAGGAGUUGGCCGAUAAGGCGACACAAGAAUUAUCAGGACCAAUUCAAUACAUACAUCAGACCAUAGACAUGGAAAAUGUAACAGUUACUUUACCAAAUAACACUAAAGUUACUACAUGUAAGGCUGCAAUGGGAUUUAGUUUUGCAUCCGGUACUACGGACGGACCUGGACUCUUUCCAUUUAAACAGGGUGACACCGCAAACAUAUUGUGGAAUAAAGUGAAAUCUCAUGUCAAAAAUACUACUAAACAAAUGCUGGACUGUCAGUACCCAAAGCAUGUCCUUUUGCCUACGGGUGACUUGAAGUUCCCGUUCCCGUGGCAGCCAUCCAUACUUCCCACGCAGAUAUUCAGGAUCGGACACGUGUUGGUGGCAUCACUGCCGUCGGAACUGUCGACAAUGUCUGGCCGUAGGCUAAGGGAUGCCAUCAAAAGGGAAUACGAGAAGAACUCGGCCGAAAACAUAACAGUAGAGCCCGUCAUAUCUGGUUUGUCCAACACUUACUCCUCAUAUGUGGUCACAUUUGAAGAGUAUCAAAUACAGAGAUAUGAGGGGGCGUCUACUAUAUACGGCCCCUACACUCUGGACGCCUAUAUACAGCAGUAUCGAUAUCUGGCCUCCAAGUUGGCCACAAACAGUGCGGUACCUGCCGGCCCUCCAGAGCCAAACUAUUUGGAUCAGCAAAUAAGUCUCGUUCCGGGGGUACUGUUUGACUGCACCCCCGACGGCAAGAAGUUUGGGGACUGUAUUAGUGAACCGCUGAUGGAGUACACGAUAGGGUCGACCGUCAAAGUGGCUUUUGUGAGCGGAAACCCUCGCAAUAACGUAAGGGAUGAGAGCACCUUCCUUGCCGUUGAGAAACUGGAUACUAAUAGCAAUCAAUGGACGCUCAUUGCAACUGAUGCUAAUUGGGAGACCAGGUUUGACACCAUAUAUGAAGGUGUUAACAGUUUGACUCAUAUGAGACUUAUUGAUAGGUUUAUGUGGAUAAAAACUGGGUUUCCAUUGCUUUCAUGUCAGAGUAUAGCCACUAUUAUAUGGGAGAUACCCAAUGAUACAGCACCAGGAGUUUAUAGGAUUAGACAUUUUGGUAAUUAUAAGGACUGGACACAGACUAUAUAUACAUAUUCUGGUGUAAAGCACCAGGACAUUUCGUGUUACGGCAUUUCAUGAUUAAAAUAAAUGUAUUUUAUUUGACAACU